AUGCUAAGAGCCACUUCAAGAAGUUUCACUAGCUGCAGCAGACUUGGGGCUGCCGUAAGUCGUGGCAAACCACAGGGCUUUGCAAAAAAAGCCGGGAGCAAUGGCAGGACUGCGGCUAAAAAGGUGAGUGCUGGAUCGCUUUAUAAAUCCUGGGAUCAAACGGUUGCGACCUCGCAAUUCAAUCGAAAUGCCUCACCUGUUGCAUUGCCCAAAUUUGAAAGUAAAGAUGUUAGUAAGUCUUUGAAUGAGGUCGUUUCUUACUCGAGCAGUCAAUACAAAGCUCUUUAUCAUUUGGGCUCUUUCAAGCAGAAUCAACGUCAUGAGUUAUUUCCGCGGCCUGUAUCACUUGUGAGAGAAGCGACGACAAGAAGGCUAUUUGACGCUAUUAAAAAUUCGGGUGAUAGGAAGUUCGUUUUGACGGGGGAACCUGGUGUAGGAAAGUCAACUCUAUUAACGCAAGUGCAUGCUCUUGCUGUUGAGCAAAAAUCUGUUAUUCUCAAUAUUUCUCAUCCGGAUCUCUUUCUUGACGGUAGAAAUGAUUUCUACCACGACGGGAAAGAGUACGUUCAGCCAAUGUAUUUGAAAAGGCUGUUUUCGAAACUUUUGAAAUCUAACGAUGCUGAUAUACUCGCAUCUAUUCCGCUCAAAGACGAUCAUAAGCUUCUGGGUCAAGCUACGAAAGAAUCUUCGGUGGGAAAAUCGUCCAUACUCACAGCAAAAAGACACACACUUUUGGAUUUACUCUCUUUCAAGGCAGCUCCAAGAAGUAGAGGUGAGCAGUUCACCGCGGUAAUUAAGGAGCUCAUGAACCAAGCCAAUGUCCCAGUGUUCGUCACAGUUGAUAACUUUUCUCGUAUGCUAUCAGAGCCUUUCUCAGCUUACAAGGACACUGCGAAUAGAAACGUUCACAUCUUUUCUUUACAGCUGGGAAGAACAAUUAUGGACAUAGUCAGUGGGAAAAUUGGCUCUCAGAAUUCAAAGAGCUGCGUCAUUCUUGCAACAUCCGGCUCAGAUCGUACAAACCGCACGUUGCCCAUUGGUCUCGGAAAACUUGAUCAUGACCCUUACAUACGACUGAAGCACUAUGAACCAAAGCUUGCCGAACUUUUGAAAGAGGGCCAAGUGAAGGAAUUUAUGGUUGAAAAGCUCACGAAGGAGGAGGUUAAACAACUACUUAAAUUUUACUUGAAGUCAGAAAUUUUUUUGAAAAGAGACUCACAGGAUAAAGAAUUCGAUCAAGUCGUUGACGAAAAGUAUUUUUUAAGUGGCAAUGGCAAUCCUCGCGAGCUUUUGAAAAGCUUGGUUUUGCACAUGGCUUAA